CGUCAAGCUUAUGAAUCUUUAAUUUUGCAUCUCAUUUGAUUGUACUUACGCGCGGUUUUCACUUCAUAUCCGUACUGCUCUUCUGUGGUCUACCUAGGAUCUAUUCGAGCGUGGCCAUCAUUAUGGACGCAUUCGGGGUGGAGGCAGGGCUCUCCGAGUCUUCCGCUUCUCCAGAGGACACCACCACUGCACAGAUGUUGCCACCGAAACGUACUGCAGAUGCAGCGGGCUUGAAGCCUGGCAUGCGGUCCGCGAAGAGUGUAAAGCGAAGGGCAUCCAAAGCAUGCCAAUGCUGCCGAUCGCGCAAAGUUCGGUGCAAUGUAGUUGAGCAUGGAGCGCCAUGCACGAAUUGCCGUCUGGAUGAGGUCGAGUGCAUCGUUUCCGAGAGCAAGCGCAAGAAGAAGUGGUCCUCAAACGAUGCUGAAGCCUCGCCACAGCAGAGUAACAGCCUCAUGACCAAGGAGAAUGGCACAACAGUGCCGAUGUCCGCGCGGCCGCCAUAUGAACCAUUGAAGAAGUCCAUCGAUCAUACACCGCACUCUCUUUAUCAAGGGCUUGAGGGGGAUGGCAAUGCUGCAGACGCGGCUUCUCAGUCCAGUUUGUAUACGCCGAACAUGCUCAUGAACCUCCAUCGGCAUGGUCAACGGAGUGGAUCAGUUGCGGAAAGCGCCCAAAUUCACCCAGAUCUACUGGCGCCGAUGACUCCUCCCUCAACGAUGCCUCUGUACAUCAAAGCAAUGCCUACGCGGAUUAGUCCGGACGACCUCGCGUACCUUGAGAGGAGGGGUGCACUAACGAUACCUCCAACGCCACUACGCAAUGAGCUUCUGCGCAGCUACGCAGAGUUCAUACAUCCGUACAUGCCUCUGCUCAACAUUCACGAGUUUGUGCAAGCGAUCGAUGGUAAGAACGACUCGCAAACGAUUAGUCUACUGCUUUUUCAAGCAGUAAUGUUCGCCGGCAUUGCUUCGGUUGAUAUGCGAUAUCUGAAGGCCGCUGGAUAUGACAACAGAAGAGAUGCUAGACGCGAAUUCUUUCAGAAGACGAGACUACUGUACGACUUCGACAUUGAAGUGGACCGCAUUUCGCUCAUUCAAUCGCUGCUGCUAAUGACAUAUUGGUACGAGACGCCAGACGACCAGAAGGACAGCCAUCACUGGAUGGGAAUCGCAGUUUCGCUUUCGCAUACAAUCGGUUUGCAUCGUAAUCCAGAGAAAUCUGCAUCAAUGGAUGUCCCAAGGCAAAAGCUGUGGAAGCGUAUUUGGUGGUCCACCUACAUGCGAGACCGCUUGGUUGCGCUUGGCAUGAGGCGACCAACACGCAUAAAAGAUGCCGAUUUUGAUGUGCCAAUGCUACGGAUCGACGACUUCGAGGACAACAUCAUCCUUGAAGGCCCAUCAUGCAUUCCGGCCGACUGUUCGCUGCUGCGAGAUCGAACGAAGCAGAGACAGCUCGCAGUUAUGUGCAUUGAGAAGGCCAAGCUCUGCAUCUGCAUCAGCCAUGUUCUGUCAGUACAGUACUCCGUCUUACACAACAACCAUGGUGUAUUAAGCGACGAAGGCAGCACACGCACAACCAUGAUGCUUGUCGCGAAAAGGCUAGAUCCCGAGGUCAACGAAGUGCAAGCGUGUGACCAGGAGCUGCAGGACUGGAAGCAAGCUUUGGCUGAGGAUGCACAAUAUGUCGCGCCGACAUGGGCCGAGGUGGACGUUGGGAAUGCGGACAUAGCCCUGAAUCGCUCGCUGCUCCACAUGAUCUACUACGCCACGCUUUCGGCAUUGCACAGGCCGCAAGUGCUGCCUUCGACCGCACUGCCACCUCGCAGCACUCCAUCCGAGCAGCUCGAGAUCUCGCGGAAGGCAGUAAGGCUUGCCGCGGGCGAGAUCACGAACAUUGCAAACGGUUUAUAUCAUCUGGAUUUGGUGAAGUAUCUGCCGUCUACCGGUAUCACGGUUCUGCUACCGGCGAUCAUCAUUCAUUUGCUCGAUAUCAAGGCGCCUGACGAAGCGACGCGGAGAGCAAGCCUGCAAGGCUUCUGUCAGUGCAUGCGAAUCAUGGCGAGGUUGCGAGAUGUCUACGCUGCGGCAGACUACUCUACAGCGUUCCUCGAAGCAGCCAUCAAGAAAGCAGAGAUCUCUCUUCCGCAAAAAUCGAACGAGGUCAAGGACUCACGCAGCAUCAUCACCUCAGCACAAGGCCUGAUGGAGCUGGGGCGACGCAUGACUUCCGGAAUGAAUUCUCGUGCGCUCACCCCUCCGCCUGACGCGCAGCAGGAUCUGCACUCGGGCAUAGAUCAGCAGCCACAUCUGACCGACGAGGACAUUGCGCACCGCCUCAACACAUUCCUCGCUUCGAGUCCGCCAAACUCCGAUCACCAACCUUCUCACCACGAGCACAAGCUCAUAGACGAUGGGUCGAUCAGUAUUCCCGUAGACCUCGAGGCCGACUUCGACUCACUGGUCAACCUCGACGCUGCCGGCGAAACCUGGCUUUUGGAGGACUCCGCAUAUGCCGCGAUGCAGGGUGGGGAGAGUAGCGGUUUCACUAUGGAUAUGGAUUGGAUGCAGAGCAUGAAAGAUGGAGGACUUGCCAUACCAAUGGGUUUGGAUUAGGUUAGCGAUAUCAGUUCAAGCAGAUCUACCAUUUGCGAUCAGGUACAACCGUGACGUCUCCACCUUGAGGUCACGUGCUCGCGUGCCUUGCGCG